UUCUCUGUGCCCCAGAGAAUUAGCGACGCCAGGUGCGGCUGCUGUUACAGCCUUGAAAGAAGCGAGGAUGGCCCCUACUGCAACUUCGGGAGGCGGCUCCCUGCCCAGCGGCUUCUCUGUUCUGGCCACCUUCCCGGACCUGCUUUUCAUUUUUGAAUUUAUAUUUGGAGGCUUGGUCUGGAUUCUGGUGGCCUCCUCCAAAGUACCAUUUCCACUGGCUCAGGGCUGGGUCAUGUUCGUGUCAGUGUUCUGCUUUGUGGCCACGACCAUCUUACUCUUCCUCUACUUCAUUGGCGCUCAUGGUGGAGAUGCUUCCUGGAUACCCUUGGAUGUGUCCUAUCACAUGACUGCGGCUCUCUUUUAUCUGAGUGCUUCAGUGCUCGAAGCUUUGGCCACAAUUAGCUUAAAGGACUCUUUAACUUCUGUAUAUGCCAAUGACACCUUUAAAGCUUACCAAGAAAACAUCUCUGCAGUGGUAUUUGCAUAUGUUGCCACUCUGAUAUACGUGAUCCAUGCAGUGUUUUCUUUACUCAGAUGGAAGUCGUCAUAAAAUCCUGUGGAAGUUUACCCAAAAAUCCAGAAGGUGUUAAUUGAUUGGCCAUCCUCCCAGGACUUCUUAAAAGUCAGGGAUGCUCAAAUGGAUCUCUGUUCUCUUGUACAAAGUGUGUGGGGGUGGGGGGAGGCUGGGGUGGAAACCUAUCUGUUUCUCGUUGGUGUUUAUCUUUACUGGCUCACAUAACUAACUGCAUAUAGGGAGUCAGGGGCUUGCUGUGUUUACUCCCAAGUAUUGAUUGCUUUUUUCUCAUCAUCAUUUCCUGUUUUUGAAGGGCUAAACUCUGGGAGAAGGUAGACAACAAAAUGAGACUCCUAGGACCCCUUUGCUGGGUCCCAAGAACUAUGAAAGACAUUUCCCUACAGCCACGUUUGAUCUCACUCACUAUCCCAUGCAUGGUUUUAGAUCCUUAGGAGAUCUCACAUGUCCUAGGGAUUGAGUUCUCUGAAUAGAUUCUUUCUGGAACCAACAGCAGGAGAUAAUCUAUCAGCCAUGGAAAGUGAUAUGAGCCAUGAAAAAACACAGGUGUUGGGUGGCUACACAAGACAUACCAGGAAUACAGCCUCUACAUUCUUUAGUUUCUAUUCUUUAUGAAAUAUUUUCAAACCAGUUUUCUUGUAAAAUUCUCCAAUUUCUGGUAAAAUUCUUCCAAUCAUGGUUUACAUGAAAUCCCUUGAUUAUAAUUAAAUGGUGCCUCCCUCAACGCAGUAAAGUUCAGAUAGCAAAUAUGUAUAUUGGCAUCAUCCUGUGCCUCUCAGAAGAGCAGGAUUCUGGAUAAUUUUUUAUACAUCCCAGUUGAGCAUCUCCACAGAAGCUUUUCAAGGUUUUUUGUUUUUAUUUGACAAUAUCACUUCUCUACUUCCUCUGUGACUUUCAAAAUGCCACCACUAUCCGUAGGUCAACCACAAACACUUGUGGAGUGGCCAUGCAGGACUACCACUGUUGGCAGUCAUCUUUAUGUGGUUGCAGAGUCUGCCCAACAGCUCCUUUAUUACAAGGCAAAAUAAAUUUUGCUGUCCUACCAAAGUAUCCUUUAAACCAGGAAAAAAUUAUCCCAGAUGGGCUAUUUUGAUUGCUUGUUAAAAAAAAUCCACUCAGAAACUGUCUUUAGAGAGUGGGCCAUGUAUUUUGUUCAAUAGAUUUCCAAAUAUCAGUGACAACAAUAAACUCUAUUUUCAACAACUUGCUUGGAUCAUUCAGAGCCUAGAAGGAUUCAGACUCCCAGGUUCUGCUUCCCAGGUGACAGACACUCCUUGCAUAUUUCUA